AUGAAGAUGAGAAUAGUUACCGCCUGCAGAAACAUCGACCCGGAAAUGCUGCGCAGAGUUGUCUACUCGACGCGAGAGCGGUUCAUGGGGUGUGUUGCGGCGGAAGCUCCUACACCUUUCUUGGAAAGCGAGAUUCUGCUCCAGAGCCGCGAGGUCACGAGCACGUCUGCAGAGCUCUCCUGGUCGAAGGCCACCACGCACGUUUCCAACCAUUCGCUCAAACUGGCCGGCUACUUCGUAACAGGAAAGUCAGAACCUCACGCAUUCCACAACACUAUAUCCGGACGUCUGCACUCGUACCAGGCCCGAUGGUUGAAGCCAUGGACGCAUUACACUUUAAUUCUCAGGCCAUUCUACACAGAAAGUGGGAAGCGCCAAGAUUCGUACAAGAUUGGCAGAGCAGCUUCCGUAAACAUCCUUACACUAACUUCUGAACCGGAGGCGCCCGGCUUGGUGUCCGUGCUUUCGGCCCAGCAGCGCAAUGUUGUGCUCAGCAUCAUCGGCCCUCCGACGUGGAACAGCGACCCGGUUGGCUUUCAUGUACGUUGGGAGGCGAUCAGCGAUCGCCGCGGACCACACGGAGCACUUAGUGUGCCGCUUCCGGCCGACUGGUCACCCGUGGAGAAUGCGUUAAACCUCACGCUGCCACUGCCUGGUGGUCAUGACUACCGUAUCUUCGUGAGGGCUCAGGGCGCAGACAAUGUCAGCGGUGAUCGCUCGGGCCCCCCAGUAGAGGUAGACGUCAGCGUUCCUCUAGAUUCUUACGAGAUAUCAGCACACGCCGUCGACCCCCGUAAGGCGGUCAUCUCAUGGCGAGCCUCAGAGCUGGUGGAAUUGUUCAAGGUAAGUUUUACAAACAAGGUUUCCGCUCGUUCCGUUUAAUAUUUCACUAUUAUUUGUUCGAAUUAUUUACCUUUUCUA